AUGUGGAACCCGGUGUGGUUGCACACGGCGACCCUGCUCGCGUUUGCCGCCGUCUUCUCUGGUCUGGCCCUGGCCACGGGGCUGCUGUACCAUUUCUCGCUGGCGAAUCACGGCCUGAGCCAGCAAAACGCCGCAUACAACUACUCGUGGAAGUAUGGGCCAACCGCCGUGCUGGUGCUGCUAUGCAGUCUCUGGAGGCUGGUGGACUUGGCGGUCAAGUCCUUGAUGCCACACUGGCCCGUCCUGGUCACCACGGGCGGAUGCAUUCUGAUGACGCUCAUUAUCGUCUUCUCCAGUGGUCUCUUGGUUGUGGAGCCUACUGAGAUCACGAUGGACGGCGUUUCCCUCAGGGCAUCGGUUCUGGACGGAAGGAAUUUCUCGGGCGCCGGAAGCGUGGGUCUGACCCCGGCCAGCGUCUUCUAUGCGGUUAGUUUCGAGAACCUGCCCUACCCGCCGGGUACCAACUCGGAAUCGGUUGUUCCGGUCCUCGCCCUCGACACGCCCAAGUCGAUUACCGUCCCAGGGACAGGGGUCAGCCUGAAUGCCAAACACUUUAUCGUCAACGUUACGCACCCCGAAUGCAAAAUCAUCAACGCGCUCGUCGGCCAGGCGCAGUCGCAGGGCGACUACGCGACGGAUCUGGACACGACCCAGAACUUCCAGGGAUUCAUCCAAGACUACGUCUGCAACAGCGGAUACGACUACAGCGGCGUCAAGAAUGCCUCUGCCGGCCCGCCCCAGGCCGCCGUGGAGAACAGAACCGCCGAGCACCGGGUCCUGAUCACGCUCACCGACCUGCGGGACACGUCGACGAGCCAGACGUCGCAGGGGGGGAAGUGGGAUGUCUGGGCCCAGAAUAUCACCGCCAUCCUCUGCAAGCCGACGUACCUGGUCCAGAGGUACAACGUCGUCUAUCCCGGGGGAUAUGCCGCCGGGCGGCCAAUGCGGCUCAGUGCCGUGGAGAACACGACGGAUGCGAUUCCGGGUUUCUCUCAGGGUGACCUGGCGCGGUCUGUCGUUCUCUCGGCCGGCCAGCUGUAUCUCGGAACCGGCGGGUCGGAGUAUCUCCUCGACAGACAAGUCCCGACCUUCUUCCAGAUGAUCUCGAAGCUGCACGGCAACGCCGCGCUUGACACCUUCAUGGACCCCGGAAUGCUGAGUUCUAGCAGCGCCAAGAUAUUCAACGGGAUAGGAGCCCAGCUGAUUCAAGAACGGGCCAUGGCGCCACUCAGCGACGACGCCCAGGUCACGGGUUCGGUCACCUACACCGAGAAUCGCCUGCACGUGAAGAUACUUUCGACCAUCGUCCUUUGCGUCGGGUUUUCCCUACUCGCCCUAGCUAGCAUCCUCGUGCUGCUAGUUCGGCCGUACGACGUUGUCCUCCACGAGCCCGGCUCUGUUCUCGCCAUGGCCGAGUUGUUGUCCACAAAUCCCGAGCUCCGAAACGUUCUGGCCGGAUUCGGCGCCAGCUCGAACAGUCAGAUCAAUGGAGCUCUCGAGCAUGUGUCUUUUGUCAGCCGCUUCAACAAAAACCCCGACUGCCUCAUCAUCGAGCCCAUAGUUGGGUACGAGAUGUCCACCAAAACCCCGGAGGGCGGAGGCAGUCGUCCCAUCCAAAACGGACUGUUUGACGUUGAUCCGAGCAGCCCGGCCCUGGUGCUCGCCAACUAUAUUCCCGCUGGCAUUGCAGUUUUUUCUUCGGCAAUUUACGGCGCCAUGGAGUCAAAGACGGCAGUACUUUCGCCCUUUGCUUCGCUGCGGCAAGGCAACGCCAAGGCGUCCGCGUCGGUCUCGGCGAAUUACCUCACGAGGUCGGGGCCGCAGGUGUGGAUGGCGUCGCUCACGAACAAGCAUUUCGCGCUCUCGGCAAUCAUUGCCGCCAAUUUCAUAUCCUCGUUCCUCACCGUUGUCAUUUCCGGCCUCUAUCACGUCGUCGAGGUGCCGUAUGUGGCCCCUAUUUCCCUGAGGCAGCUCGACAGCUUCGACCUGACCAAGUCGGACAUCCUCAACAACGACUGCUCGGCCGGUAACAUCAACAAUCUCAUCACGUACAAGAACCUGUCGUACCCGGACUGGACGUACGGGGAGCUCGCGUUCCCGCAGCUCAACAUUUCGGACGCCGACGCCGCAUUAUUUGUCGACGGCGAGCAGGGGCUGCUGUCGCUGCGCGCAAACGCCACCCGUGCCGUUCUCAAUUGCACGUCGAUACCUCUCAAAUACACCGCUGCCGGCUCCCAGGUGUUCGGCUUCCCCGACAGGGGCGUCGCGACGCUGAGCACGUCCCUGCCCUGGUCGCUGUGCGAGCACCCGCCCAAACUCCCCAACAGCAGUGCCGAGGCUCUGUGGACGCAGCAGUACUAUAUGCCUGCCGGCAGAAACGCAUCCAUCACGAUUGGCAAAGGGACGUAUCUUCUCUGGAUCAACGGCUACGAAGACUCAGGCAGCCCCGUCUAUGGGCAAGUCCAAGGCGACGGCGUUACCGACGACUACACAUCGUCGACCGCAUAUCCCGAUUUCGAGAUCAACAACUGGGGCUGUCCUACAUUUGCAGUAACCCUCGGGACGGCGUCAGUUUACACGGCCAAGCAGAAGAAUAGUGCCGUCUGGGAAGCGACGGCCGACGUGGACACCAUGAUAUGCUGGCAGCAGGUCCAGGAGGUGACGACGAACCUGACCAUCACGUACCCUGGACUCCGCAUUUCAGAUUCGCCAGGCGCGGCGCCAGUAGUGGAUGAGGCAAGCGCACGACUGCUUCCCAACGCUGCGGAGAAGGGCCCGGGGAACAUCUUCGAGUAUCCCGUGAACAACAUGAUAAAGUAUCUCAGUGCCAGCAAUAACAGCACCGACGACAGCACCAACGACGCCACCGCCAGCAGCUACUACGACAUGAACCCGACAAACGAGUUCAUCAAAGCCAUGGUGUGGGGCAAGGGCGGCGUGCCGCUCGACGAGAUCACGGGCAAGGCCAACUUCGACAGGCUGCACGCGGCCGCGCAGCGCGUCUACGGUCGGUACAUGGCGCAGGCCAUCUCGCAGGCCAUGCGC